AACAACGGAGCGAUUUCAGAACCAGUAGUUCGUUACAAAAGUGCACGUUGUUUGCCACGCAAAAUCGCCGCAAAUUGGUUUGAUUUCUGAUAAAAAAGCCAUGGGAAAGAAACUGGAGCGCAGCGACGUUUGCCGAGUGCCGGAGAACAUUAACUUCCCGGCCGAGGAGGAGAACGUACUGCAGCAGUGGCGUGACGAAAAUAUCUUCGAAAAGUGCAGCCAACUGUCGAAGGGAAAGCCCAAGUACACUUUCUACGAUGGACCGCCAUUCGCUACCGGGCUGCCCCACUACGGACACAUCCUCGCCGGCACCAUCAAGGACAUCGUUACCCGGUACGCCUACCAGCAGGGAUACCAUGUGGACCGCCGCUUCGGGUGGGAUUGCCAUGGGCUGCCUGUAGAGUUCGAGAUCGACAAGCUCCUGAAUAUCCGGGGUCCCGAGGACGUGGCCAAGAUGGGCAUCGCUGCCUACAACGCUGAGUGCCGGAAGAUCGUCAUGCGGUAUGCCGACGAGUGGGAGAACGUGGUGACGCGAGUAGGUCGCUGGAUCGAUUUCAAAAACGACUACAAGACGUUGUACCCCUGGUACAUGGAGUCCAUUUGGUGGAUCUUCAAACAACUGUUCGACAAGGGUCUGGUCUACCAGGGCGUAAAGGUUAUGCCCUAUUCCACUGCCUGCACAACAUCGCUGUCUAACUUCGAGGCGAAUCAAAACUAUAAGGAGGUGGUUGAUCCUUGUGUGGUGGUCGCCCUGGAGGCCAUUUCGCUGCCAAAUACCUUCUUCUUAGUCUGGACCACCACGCCUUGGACACUGCCCUCCAACUUUGCAUGCUGUGUACAUCCGACCAUGACAUAUGUUAAGGUGCGUGACGUGAAGAGCGACCGACUCUUCGUUCUCGCUGAGUCGCGCCUCUCGUACGUGUUUAAAUCUGAGGCAGAAUACGAGGUGAAGGACAAGUUUGAAGGAAAAACUCUCAAGGAUCUGCAUUACAAGCCGCUGUUCCCGUACUUCGCAAAACGCGGGGACCAGGUAAAAGCUUUCCGCGUCCUGACAGACGAGUACGUCACCGAGGACUCUGGUACGGGUAUCGUGCACAAUGCUCCUUACUUUGGAGAGGACGAUUAUCGCGUAUGCCUGGCAGCGGGACUGAUUACAAAGUCCAGCGAGGUUCUCUGUCCAGUUGACGAAACGGGACGGUUUACCAAGGAGGCUAGCGACUUCGAGGGCCAAUACGUCAAGGAUGCCGACAAGCUAAUCAUAGCUGCGUUGAAGGCACGGGGCAACUUGGUAUCUAAUGGCCAAGUGAAGCAUAGCUACCCCUUCUGCUGGCGGUCAGACACACCGCUUAUUUAUAAGGCCGUUCCUUCCUGGUUUGUGCGUGUUGAGCACAUGUCGAAAAAUCUGCUGGAUUGCAGUUCGCAGACGUACUGGGUGCCAGACUUUGUCAAGGAAAAACGAUUUGGCAAUUGGCUAAAAGAGGCCAGAGAUUGGGCUAUCUCGCGCAAUCGCUACUGGGGCACGCCGAUUCCUAUCUGGAGGUCGCCCAACGGGGAAGAGACGGUGGUCAUUGGCAGCAUCAAGCAAUUGGCCGAGCUAUCCGGCGUUCUGGUUGAGGAUUUGCACCGCGAGAGCAUUGAUCACAUUGAGAUACCGUCUGCAGUUCCUGGAAACCCACCACUGCGUCGCAUAGCUCCCGUUUUUGACUGCUGGUUUGAGUCCGGUUCAAUGCCGUUUGCACAACAGCACUUUCCGUUCGAAAACGAAAAGGACUUUAUGAACAAUUUUCCUGCCGACUUUAUCGCAGAGGGCAUAGAUCAGACCCGCGGCUGGUUCUACACGCUCCUAGUCAUUUCGACGGCUUUGUUUAACAAGGCACCGUUUAAGAACCUCAUUGCUAGUGGGUUGGUGUUGGCCGCUGAUGGUCAAAAAAUGUCGAAGCGCAAGAAGAACUAUCCUGAUCCCAUGGAGGUGGUCCAUAAGUACGGAGCCGAUGCGCUACGACUGUAUCUCAUCAAUUCUCCCGUGGUGAGGGCUGAAAGUCUGCGCUUCAAGGAAGAGGGUGUGCGCGAUAUCAUCAAGGAUGUGUUUCUUCCUUGGUACAAUGCUUAUCGUUUCUUGCUUCAAAACAUCAUCCGCUAUGAGAAGGAGGACUUGGCAGGAAAGGGACAAUACACUUACGAGCGUGAACGGCAUUUAAAGAAUAUGGAUAAGGCCUCAGUAAUCGAUGUGUGGAUUUUGUCUUUCAAAGAGAGUUUACUGGAGUUUUUUGCCACCGAGAUGAAAAUGUACCGCCUGUACACUGUCGUGCCCAGACUGACGAAGUUUAUUGAUCAACUAACCAACUGGUAUGUGCGACUCAACCGCCGUCGUAUCAAGGGUGAACUGGGAGCUGAGCAGUGUAUCCGAUCACUGGACACACUCUACGAUAUUUUGUACACUAUGGUCAAAAUGAUGGCUCCUUUUACACCCUAUCUUACGGAGUAUAUAUUCCAGCGCCUAGCAUUGUUUCAGCCAUCCGGCUCGCUGGAGCAUGCUGACUCAGUUCACUACCAGAUGAUGCCCGUCAGUCAGAGCAAGUUUAUUCGAAGCGAUAUAGAACGCUCGGUGGCUUUGAUGCAAUCAGUUGUCGAGCUGGGUCGCGUUAUGAGGGAUCGACGAACCUUGCCUGUGAAGUACCCCGUUUCGGAGAUCAUCGUUAUUCACAAGGAUUCACAAACCCUGGAGGCUAUUAAGAGCUUGCAGGACUUCAUUCUUAGCGAGCUAAACGUUCGAAAACUCACGCUGAGCUCUGAUAAAGAAAAAUAUGGUGUCUCAUUGAGAGCCGAGCCUGAUCACAAGGCGCUGGGUCAGCGGCUUAAGGGCAAUUUUAAGGCGGUUAUGGCCGCUAUCAAGGCGUUAAAAGAUGAGGAAAUUCAAAAGCAUGUAUCGCAGGGAUACUUUAACAUCCUGGAUCAGCGUAUAGAACUCGAGGAAGUACGCAUCAUUUACUGCACCUCAGAGCAGAUGGGAGGAAAUUUUGAAGCCCAUAGCGAUAAUGAUGUUUUGGUGCUGUUGGACAUGACGCCAAACGAAGAGCUGCUUGAAGAAGGCUUGGCUCGUGAGGUAAUUAAUCGGGUUCAGAAACUGAAGAAAAAGGCUCAACUUAUACCGACUGAUCCGGUUCUGAUCUUCCAUGAGCUCACUACCGACACCAAAGCUAAGAAAGAGAUUCUGGAUGCUCAGGGCCAGCUAACAAAAGUUUUAGCCAACUAUUCAAAUAUGAUCAAGACUGCCGUCAAGUCUGAGUUUGCUCCGUAUUCAUCCAAGCAAGCUGCCAAAAAACGUUUAAUAGCUAGCGAACUCGUUGAUCUUAAAGGAGUUUCUUUAAAAUUGACCAUUUGUUCCACUGAAGAAUUACAGCUUCCUAGUCUGCCUUGGUUGAAUGCUUCACUGGCCGAAGACCUGAACCCACGAUUUGGUAACAGCAAUAAAGCGUCUCUAUUUCUGCAGCACAACGUCAGCAAGGAACUCAUCUCGCUGCCUACGCUUCGUAGCGAGUUAGAGCAUUUGUUUGGCCUAUAUGGGGUCAACUUUAAUAUCUACGUUGUAGAUCAGCAAAAAAAUGUUACCGAAUUAAAGUCCAUCGACAAGAACCUUAGUGGAAAAUUGUUGGUCCUAGCUCGAAGCCAGGAUGCACUGGAAAAGGUAGCGGGCUAUAAAAUAGCACCAGCACCUUAUUCCAAAUUCGUUAAUCAGCCUUCAGGAAAUGCUAUCUUUACAGAGAACCCCUUGGGCCGAACGUUAUCUUAAACUCGAUACUUUUUUGAAUUAAACUGAAAAAGAAACGAAAAAAAAAAAUAAAAUAACUUUCAAAAAGUUUUAAA